AUGGCGGCUGCAGCCAUGCCACCACCAAAAUGGCGACCGCAAGCGCAGCUAACCAACCACCGCGCUCCCAAGAUGGCGGCUGCACAUAAAAAUAGGCACCCGGCCGAACCGCCAGCAAGCGCCUUGGGUGAGACGCUUAAAACAAGCGGCGGCCGCGCCACUCGCCUCGCCGCGUGUCCAGCGCUGGAGCUACAAGAAGGGGGCGAGAAACGCUCCCCCAACUCAAACGCCCCAACAGACACAACACAAUGGCGGCCGCCAUCAGCACUACCGCCCCAAGAUGGCGGCCGUUGCCGCCAAACACCGACUAAAAUGGCGGCAGCGACCCGGGCCCCCCCACUCGCGCCGCGCCUCCCGAGUCCCGCCAAGGCCAGAACGAGUGGCACCCAGGACGACUGGCACUCUAGGCCGCUCAAAGCGGCCCGUCGCUGUGGCGCCCCCGUCCCCCCGACCCGCGCCAGGGCCAGGAGAGGGACGAUCGGCACCCUAGGCCGCCGAAAGCGGCCCACAGCCGCGGCGUCCGCGCCGCCGAAAAAGGGGGAAAAAACGGUGCCGCAACUGCCCUCCCGGCGCGAGAAAAGACGGCGAGGGAACCGGCAGCCGCCGAACCCUUGCCCGACGGAUGGCCUCCGGGCUCCUGAGGAGAGGGAGCAGCAGUGCCCCCCUCCCCCAGCUGCUCCAACACCGACCUGGAGCAGCCAGCAGCAACACGUCUUGUCUCUUCGAAAGGUCUGA